AUGGAACUGGAAAAGCAGAUAAAUUCAGCCCAAAUCACUGGCGUAGCGAUUAUCAUGCUGGCAUUUGCUGAUGAUGUCAAACAAAUUAUUUGUCAAAGAAGAGGACAAAAUAGACAAAUUAAACCAACAGAUAUUUAUGGUGACACAUCGUUGCAUUAUGUCGUGGCGCGUCAUGAUAAAUAUUUAACUGUAAUGCUGCUCGCCGAUGGUAAAGCUGUUAUUAAUGGUGGAGAUGUUAAACGUCCAAGUGCGUUAGAUACAACGUUAUUUACUCAAAAUUCAGAAUUAAAAGAAUUACUGCUGAGUAACAAUGGCAAACGUCGAUGUCUCAUUAAAUGCAAAACUCAAAAGCGAAAAAUGUCUCAAGAUGAUCUGAAACUUCAUAUGCAACGUUUAUCAACUGCCCCUUACAAAGAAGAAAAAUAG